CCGGCUUCUGGGAGUCUCAGACACAAUGAACCGUCACACGGUGGGAGGCACGCAUGUCGGGCUGGAGGCAGUGGCACCGUUUUAGCAAAUUAUCAUUCGUAUUUGUGUCUUUUCGUUUGAUCUAAUUCGGGUUUUCCAAACGUGUCGACACACUUUAUGGCGGUAACAAGGCUUUGCUGGAAACGGUCGGUUCGUCGAGUUUGAUCAAAACGAGGUCGAGCUCAGACUAACGUUAGCCCCUCCUGGCGACUUAAACAAGGCGGAUUUUUUCAGUCUUUUUUUGUUUCAAGCUCAGGCCAGAAGCCGUACUCUACACCAAGGCAGAAAACAAUGUCGAUGGCUGCCUAUUCAGAUUAUUUUGCUGCCGAGUGUCUGGUGUCGAUAUCCAGCGGCCCCGUCCUGCACAGACCCACCCCGGUCGCCCCCGCCAGCCAGGCGACCCCAGCGGGCCUACUCCCCGGGGAGCCCGACGGGUCGAACGAGGACAGGGAAGUGCGGGAGACGUUGAGGCUGGAGGGGGCCAACAUUAUGGCGGUGGCCGGUAUCCUCACCGACCUCCACGGUAAAUUCCGCCCCAUGUCGGCCUACUCGGAGAGCAGCAACUCCUCGUGUGGGGAAAGCGGUUACACCACGUUGUCUGACUCCACUACCCCUACCAUGACCCCCUCCGCCACCCCGGUCCCCGGACAGCACCAGCAGUCGGGGGGAGGAGGAGGAGGGGCCCCACGGUCCCCCGUCAAGCGACAUCAGUGCACUUUCGACGGAUGCGACAGAGUUUACGGCAAAUCGUCCCACCUGAAGGCACACAUCAGGACCCACACAGGUGAAAGGCCUUUCCCGUGUACCUGGCCCGACUGUGAGAAGAAGUUCGCCCGGUCUGAUGAGCUUGCCCGCCACACCCGCACCCACACAGGGGAGAAACGCUUCCUCUGUCCACUGUGUGAUAAGCGUUUCAUGCGCAGCGACCACUUGAUCAAGCACGCCCGACGUCAUCCCGACUUCCAGCCUUCCAUGUUGGGGCGCAACAAGGGCAUAGCCUCCUCCUCCGGCCCGGGGCAGGGCGCAACCUCCAGCCUGGCUGUGCGCCAGUAGGGUGGGGUGGGGGGGGGUUGCUGCCUGGAUCCUGGGUCAGCAGCAGCAGCUCAGAUGGUCACAGGGAGUGGGUUUCAAGUUAACCAGCUACAAUCAGAUCCACUGGCUAGGACUUAGCAUUGCUGUGUUGUACUCACGUACGUGCACAUACACACAUGUACACAAGCAAAUACACAGAGACCUGGAAGUGAUGGGGAAGUAGCCUCAUCACCAUUCGCACAGAUGAAUGACCACUAUCCUCUAACUCAGUACAACCUCAUUUUCUCAAACUACAACAGAAAACACUCACAACUUGCAGGGAUUCUCACUUUUUUCUGUAAAAAAAUCUGCACAUUCAUCAUCAGCCAAAACAUUUUUUUUCCUUGUGGUUAUUUUGUAGAGAUUGUUUUUGUGCUCCUACAGUGCCCUUUACUUCUCUUGAUUAGCAAAAAUUUGUGAUGUUAAAUAGUGAGGCAUAGAAUGACUAGAGGCUUUGUAGCUUUCUUUUUUUUUUUUUUUUUUUUUUAGCUUUGCUGAUUCCAUAUCCUAAGUUUUAGUGGUAGCACAUUCCGUGUUUUUUUUCUUUCGUUUUUUGUUAUUUGUUCGUUAAUUGAAGUAACUCAUUGAGGCUAUGUCAUCAAUAUUUUUCUUGUAGAUCUCUGAUUUAAAUGCAGGUCAAACCUUAAUGUUACUGAAACGUGGAUCAAACUUCUGUAUAGAAGAGCAGUUUGCACGCCAUCCUUAAGUCUAGAUCAGCUAUCAUCCAUGAAAUGUUGACACAUAAUACACAGUAGUAUUAUGUCUAAUACUGAUGCAAAUGUAUAUAAGCUUUAAGCUUUUAAUGUAGAAGAAUCUUAAUGCUACUAGGAGCAGAAAUAAUACAUUUGAUGAAUUGUAGUCCUUAUAUAAGGGGGAACAGUAUAUGCUUGAUAGGAUGGCAUUGCCUGUGAGUGUUGGUGUGUAUGUGUUUCUUUAUUUACAUUUUUGUUAGAGAAAACUGGGCAAAGUGUAUGCAAUGAUAUCAAAAUAUUUAGGGGAAAACAAGUUGAGAUGAGGCAAGCUUGAUUUUUUUUUUUGCCUGUUGAGCGCAAAGAUGAUUUCAAAGUAAAAGCACCGGCAUGCUCCUUGUCUGCUGGUGCCUCCUGAAUGUGAACAGAUGCCAGGAGUUUCUUUCCACCUUUACGUUUUGGUACCGCAUGAACAAGAAUCUCAUAUUUGGUAUUCAUUAUCCAUAUGGAGCUAAGUACAAUAUUUCAGCAGAAUACUGCAGUUAGGUUGCCCUCAGUGUCAUGUUUGAUAAUGCUGAGUAUUGGGGGAAAAAUAAUUCCCAUCAGAACUGCAUCAAUUUGAUGUGGAAAUAAGUUUUACCCUAUAAACAGCUGAAAUCAUGUUUGAUCCUCCAGGUGGGGAUAUUUGAAUUAAAGUCAAUUGAACAUGGUCCGCUAGUGUUAUGAAAGCAAACUCCAUAUAAUGUAUUGAACAAAACAAAACAAAAAAUACAUUAUGGAAAUUUGCUUGGAUUUGGCAAAGAGCAACUCAUGUCAAAAUAUUUCCAGUGAUGUCUUGCCCCACAAAAUCCAUCAUCCUGGUGUAUUUUGGAAAUCACUGCUCAAAAAAUGAUAACCUGUGCAAGCAAAACUAAAUCAAGCAAACCUCAAGAAAUUUAAAACCAAGUGCAUACAAUGUCCAGGACUGGUUAUAGAGAGGUUGAGUUUUUUUUUUUUAUUUUAUUUUUAAUUGUUUCCACACUGUUUUGUCCAAUAUGGACAUGAUAUAAUUCCUUUAUCUCAGUGAACAACACUUCAGGAAACUCAGAAAGCCUUAAACUAUGUCAUAACUACUUUGCACCAUGUUUACAGUUGGAUCAUUUUACAGGUAUAUGCCCCCUUUGUGGGCUCAUUACAUAUAACUCAUAUGCAAUAUGGCACUUUUUUCUUACAGGUGUUGUUUUAAAAUCUAUUUCGCUAAAUAGUGUGAUGGCUUGCACUGUUACUAUGCUUCUCCAAGCAAGCACUGUGGAACUUUGACAAUGUGUUAUUAUUAACCAAUGGUUUGUAAAACUGCCUUUGUCCAAGUGCUUUAGAAAGCGUGAUAAAAAAAAAAAAAAUCGGGGUAGGUAUUAUUUUUAUUUGGAUUUUCUUUUUUUUUUCUUCUCUGUUUUGUUUGCUCAGUUUCAGUCAUUCAGGCCAUCUCUCGUCAUAGUAGUUGAUGUGUAGCUCAUUUUUCAUUCAGACAGAGCACACUUGACACUUUGUGCUCUCAAAUCUGUUCAAAUUAUCUCCACUGUAAGGUUGAAGGGCAUGGCUCUCUGUGUCUUCCUCUUUUGUGUGUCAAAACCACCAGAUUAGUUCAUUUCAUAUAUCAUUUCACUCCAUCGUCAAUCCCCUGUUCAUCUAAUGGGAAAAUGUAUUCACUGAAUUGAUUGCAAUUCUUAGGAAUUUGUACACAUUUAUUUUUCCAAGGUUCGAUCUGUUGACAGUUUUCGGUUGCUGCUGGCAGUAGCCUUGAAUGCACGGACUGUUAUAGCAUCAGAGGAACACACGGUAUAAUUGUUUGCUACGUUUCAAAGGAAAAUAUUCCCUUCCAUCUCGUUGCGUAGGUGGAAGCAUUUCUUCACAUAAAGACUCCGGGUCCUUCCGGGUCUCUUAUCAAAGCUAUAGUAUCACAAGUAAGAACUUACCUCACUGAUUUUGUGGUGUCCAUAGAAAAUCCAUCCAGCCCUUCUUUGAGAAAUUACGCUAAAGCCAUUGAGCCUUGGAUUUGGGAACCUUUAUUUCCAGCUGUACCUACACUGUUAUUCCAGCAUUUUCUGAUGUAUGCUGCUCUAUAAUGAGUUUGACUCUACUAAACUGUAGAUAGUCUGUACCCCCAAGUCCUUCUUGUCUCUGUUUCUGUGCUGCACCACUCCUGCCUGUGUAGCAGCAGACUUCCCACUCAGCGAGCUCCUGUUGUCAGUAGACGGCGAUCAGUGAAGUCUUAGCUGACAUAAAUUCAUCUGGUGGAUGAAUCAAAUAGCAACAGCCGCUCUAAAGCUAAAUCAAAGUCCAGCGGGUGUGGGUUACCAAGGGAAAGAAUCUGGUCCGAGUCUGUGACGGCGACUCACCGCUGACUGGGACAGAGACAGAGGGCUGAUAUUCAGAUGCAACACAAAGAUACCUGCAGGCUGUCAGUUCACUUAGAUUGAAAGAGCUCAGUCCAAAAAUAUGUGUUCAUAUCACUAAAUGUGGCUUGAAUGACAAACGAGCGUUCUCCAGUUUCACUUCCAUUUUUGCCGCUGAGCAACGCGGCCUUUUCUGUCCUCACCACACUAAUUCAGAUAUGCACAUUGUACAGAGACAAAUGUUUUUAAAUUGAUGCCUAAUUUUUACAUUAAUAAUAAUAAUGUAAUUUUUUAAUCCUCUUAUCAAAGCUUUAGUUAAGGUCAAUAUAGGAGGAACUGUGGAACUGAAUUAAUACUUGCUGCAACAUGCUGUUUUGAUAUUUAUAUUCUCAGGUGUCUUAAAUUUUGAGCGUCGGAAUUUCAGUAUUUCCUGUGCAACACCGAAGUACAAGCAUGUCUCGUUUCUUUUUGUUAUGCUGAUUAAUUUAUUACAACGUAUCAUUUGUGUGGUUUAAUUAUUCUUUGCAUAACUCAUUAUUUUGUGGUAUGGAACACUACUAAUAUUAAAAGGUUCCAUUGUUUGCUUGACAUGAAAAUACCAGUGCUUUUUAAAAAAUAAAAAUUCCCUAAGUUGA